CCGCACUGAAGAGGGCGCACGUGAACCCACACUGAAGAGGGCGCACGUGAACCCACGGGUUCGUGUUGCUGCUGUUCUUCUAAAACCAACAUGUCUCAGGAACAGGCCGAGGCCACGUCAACUGACCACCCGAAUGAAAGACCAGCCUCUCCUGCACACAGCUAUGUUUCCAUGCAAAGUGACCAGUCCAAGGAUGACCCUCUCAACUUCAGGGGAGGAGAACCGGGGCCACUUGAGCACAAAAGACCCGUCUCUCCUGCACCCAGCAAUGCUUCCAUGCAAAGUGACCAGUCCAAGGAUGACCCUCUCAACUUCAGGGGAGGAGAACCGGGCCCGCUCGAGGAUAAAAGACCAGCCUUUCCUGCACACAGCUAUGUUUCCAUGCAAAGUGACCAGUCCAAGGAUGACCCUCUCAACUUCAGGGGAGAAGAACCGGGCCCGCUCGAGAAUGAAAUACCAGCCUCUCCUGCACACAGCAAUGCUUCCAUGCAAAGUGACCAGUCCAAGGAUGACCCUCUCAACUUCAGGGGAGGAGAACCGGGCCCGCUCGAGGAUAAAAGACCAGCCUCUCCUGCACACAGCUAUGUUUCCAAGCAAAGUGACCAGUCCAAGGAUGACCCUCUCAACUUCAGGGGAGGAGAACCGGGUGCUUCCACGGAAACUGCCAGCGAUGGACACGACCGAAGCGAAGACAUCAAACAGGAACUCAGCGCAGACCUGAAGAAGAGAAUCCUCAAUCAGUAUAAAGAGAAACUGAAAGGACAUGAAACUGACACACAACUCUUCAAUGUAACAGAUGGCAAAAACAAGGACGCUAAAGAAAAGGCCUCUGGUGCAUUAUUUGAUAAAGCGCGAACGGUGCUAAUGGAGGGAGUGGCUGGUGUUGGUAAAACAUUUCAAACAAAUUUGUUCAUGGUCGACUGGGCAAAAACAAAAUGGAAAAAAAAUGUUGAUUUUAUGGUCUCAUUUCAUUUCUCCAAGCUGAAUUCAAGGAAAGAAGUUCAAAGCCUGAAAGCUCUGCUUGAUCUUUCCCUCAAUGACGAUAAAUGCAGAGAUUACAAGUAUGAGAAUUGUAAAGUUGCUUUUGUCCUUGACGGCUUGGAAGAAUGUAAACUUCCUCUGGAUUUUGCAAAGAACGAGGAACUGACUGAUAUGGAAGAGGCAGCCUCGAUGGAUGUGCUGCUAACAAACCUCAUCAAGGGGAAGUUGCUUCCCACUGCUUGUCUUUUGAUCACCUCUCAACCUUCAGGAGUCGAGAAGAUUCCUCCUGAAUAUAUUCAGAAAAAGACAGAAUGUCGAGAGACAGAGAAGCGACGUCAGAAGCUGGCGUCAGCCCUGAGAAGAAGAUUUCUCAAUGAAACCACUCAACCUGAAGACCCAAACCAUCCUAACCAGAUAAACACAGAACACAUCAUGAGAGAGGACAGAAGUGCUGAAGUCAAUGAUGAAGAGAAAAAUGAACAAACUCAGGCAAAAUCAGUGACACCAGUGAAUGCCAUAGCUGACAUCUUCAAGGAUAAACAAGGAAAAAAGAUCAGAACUGUGCUGACUACUGGAGAAGCUGGAAUUGGAAAAUCCUUCCUUGUGCAGAAAUUCAUUAAAGAGUGGGCUAAUAAGGACAAUAGCUCACUUUCUGCUUGGUUUAAUAAGAAAAGGAAGAAAGUCCGGGCUAAAGAUGAAGACAUUAUAUUUCGACUAAAUUUCUCUGAGCUUAGUUUGAUAAAAGAGAAAAAAAUCAGUUUUAUGGAACUUCUUAAUCAGUUCUUCGAGGAAACUAAGGAAUGUGUGGUCUCUAACUUUGAACAGUUCAAAGUUUUCUUUGUUUUGGAUGGAUUGCAUGCUUAUCAACCUCCUCUUGACUUUGACAACAAGGACUCUUUGACUGAUGUCAGAGAGCGAGCUUCAGUGGAUGUGCUCCUGACAAACCUCAUCAGAGGAACACUGUUUCCUUCUGCUCUGCUCUGGAUAACCUCCCGACAGAAUAUGCCCGAUGCAUGUGUCGACAGGACGACAGAAAUACGAUGUAAGCCUGAUGUUGCAAGUCAACAGAAUCUCAAAUCUCAGUUGAAGGAGCAAUUCACCCAUGUGCCUCAGGGGAUCGAUAUGCAGAAAACCUCUGCUCUUCUGAAUGAGAUCUACACAGAUCUCUACAUCAUCGAGGGACAGAGGGGAGAGGUCAAUGUUCAGAAUGAGAUCAGACAUGUUCAAGACGCAAAGUUCAAACCAGUGGGACAAGAGACCUCGAUUAAAUAUCAAAACAUCCUUCUGGAUGCAUCUGGAGAAAAGAAACUCAUAAGAACUGUGCUGACGAUCGGAUUGGCAGGCAUUGGAAAGACGUUUGCUACAAAGAAGUACAUGCUGGACUGGGCUGAGAGUAAAGCCGACGGGGGCAUAUUUUAUAUGUUUCCACUUUCUUUCCGGGAGCUGAAUUUGAGAAAAGACCAAGAGCACAGCUUAGAGGAACUCAUAUUUCAGUUUUGUCCGGGAAUGAAGACAUCAGAAAUAAAAGACUUUGAUAAGUACAGCAUUCUGAUUGUCCUGGAUGGUCUUGAUGAGUGUCGCCUUGAUCUUGACUUCAAGAAAGAUGACAAAUGGACAGAUGUGAGUAAACCAACCUCAAUGAAUGUUCUGCUGACAAACCUCAUCCAAGGAAAUCUGCUUUCUAAAGCUCAAAUCUGGAUCACAACCCGACCUGCAUCAGCCAACCGUAUCCCCGCUGAUAAAGUUGACCGGGUUACAGAGGUGCGAGGAUUUAAUGACGAGCAGAAGGAGGAGUACUUCCGGAGGAGAUUCAGCAAUAAAGAUUUGGCUGAGAAAAUCUUGUCGCAUGUCAAGAAAUCAAGGAGCCUUUACAUCAUGUGUCACAUUCCUGUCUUCUGUUGGAUCACAGCAAAUGUUCUGGAAGACUUUGUUAGAGAAACAGAAAAACAAGGAGACGAAGAGAGAAUGAAGACAAACGAAGAAGGGAGGAUGCCAAAGACUCUGACUGAUAUGUAUAUAUACUUCCUUGUGUUACAAUGCAGACAGGCUAAUGUGAAGUAUCUUGAAGGUGAGACAGCUGAGAAUUCUGAGACAGAUUCAUGCUGGAAUGCAAGGAACAAGGAAACAAUCAUGUUUCUGGGGAAACUGGCUUUUGACGGUCUACGGAACGGAAACCUUCUCUUCACUGAAGAAGAUUUGAGAGAGUAUGAGGUUGACAUCGAGAAAACUGUAGUCUUCUCUGGAUUAUUCACUCAGGUUACCCGAGAAGUCUGUGGUCUGUACCAACAGAAAAUGUUCUGCUUUGUCCAUCUGAGCAUUCAAGAGUUCCUGGCAGCUUUUUAUGUCUUUCACACAUUCAAUAACACAGGUGAAAAUCUGUUCUCCAACUCUCCAACAGUUGGAGAGUUGCCUGCAGAAUUCUACAAGGCAGCAAUAGACAAGGCUUUAGACAGCAAAGAUGGGGAGUGGGAUCUGUUUCUCCGCUUCCUGCUAGGCCUUUCUCUGGAGACUAAUCAGAAUCUACUGCAAGAGCUGCUGAUGAAGACAGACAACAACACCAAGGAGACCAAUCAGGAAACAAUUGGGUACAUCAAAGGAAAGAUUAGGAAUGAGAACAGUGAUGCAGAUAAAAAAUGCAAUCUUUUCUACUGUCUCAAUGAGCUGAAUGAUCACUCUCUUGUGGAAGAAAUGAAAAAGUAUCUCCGAUCAGGAACAGUCACAUUUGAAAACUUCUCUGCCUCCCAGUGGUCAGCUCUGACUUUUGUGCUGCUGACAUCAGAUGAGAAGCUUGAUGUGUUUGAUCUGAAAAAGUACCUGAAAUCAGAGACGGUUCUUCUAGGAAUGUUGCCGGUGGUCAAAGUCUCCCAAGUUGCUUUGCUGAGUUGGUGUGAGCUCUCUGAGGAAUCCUGCAGAGGUCUGUCGUCCUCAGUCCUCAGCUCCCCAUCCUGUAAUCUCAAAGAGCUGGACCUGAGUCAUAACGACCUGCAGGAUUCAGGAGUGCAGAUGCUUGCUGAUGGCCUACAGAGUCCAUACUGUAAACUGGAUAUUCUCAAGCUGUCAGGUUGUCAGGUGACAGAGAACGGCUGCAAAUUCCUGGCCUCAGCUCUGAUGUCCAAAACUACCUCCUCGCUGAAACAACUGGAUCUGAGUUACAAUCACCCAGGAGCCAAUGGGAUGAGGUUGCUCUCUGAUAUAGCUGCGGAUCCAAAUAGGAGCCUGAAGACACUCUGUUUGGACCACUGUGGAGCGCAUCGGAUAAAACCAGGGCUGAAGAAGUAUGGUUCAGAUCUGAAGCUGGAUGAAAACACAGCAAGCAAGAGGCUUGUCCUGUAUGACGGGAACAGGAGAGUAAAAACUGUAGAGCUGGUGAUGGAGAAAGUGCAACGACCUGAAAACCAGGACAGGUUUAUGAGGUCUCAGGUGAUUUCUGAGGAGGGCCUGAAAGGCCUUUGCUAUUGGGAGGUGGAGUGGGAAGGGAAGGUGGGCAUCGCAGUGGCAUAUGAAUCAGUGGGGAGAGGAUGGGACGGAAGUGGUGGCCUAGGAUGCAACGAGAAGUCCUGGAGUCUGCUCUGCUCGAGGGCUAAGUACAUUAUCAUGCAUGGCAACAAAGUUAUUGAGUUAAACAAAGUGCCCGUUUAUAAGAAAAUAGCAAUAUUUCUAAACUGGGAAGCUGGCACUCUGACCUAUUAUGGUGUCGCAUCAGAAAAGCUGAGCCUCAUACACACCUUCAAGGCCAAAUUCACAGAACCCCUCUUCCCAUGCUUCUGGUUUAAGAAGGGCUCUGUGACUUUGUGUAAGAUGGACUGAACCCCUCUGAGAUGGGGAAAGUGUGUUGUAGUGAUCACUGGAUGCUCCACUCGAUAUUUCAAUAGAUUAGCAAAAGCUUACCUGCAUCAUUUCAAUAUCUAAAUGUGAAAUACUAAGUCAAUAUAUUCACACUGUGAAGGAAGAAAUAGAGCAAAAAUAAAUCCCAUGUUGUUAAGUUAAAGAUGUGAGUAAAAAAAACAAUUACAGAUUUUUGUGUAAAUACAUAUUUUACCCGUUUCUCAUUUGUUGUCCAAUUGUCACAUUUAGACCAAUUAACUGCUCUUACAAUUUGUUCCAAUUUUUUCCAAUUACAAUGUAUUUCUUGUUAGUAAAUGUGGGUUGUACUGUAAUAAAAAUGGAAAGUGUCAUAGAGCAACUGUCUUUAUGCUAACUCACAGUCUGUUAGUGGAAAACAACUCCACUACUUCCAUGAUGUUAUCACUUUUUUUGUUUGAUCCAGAGCACGGAUGUGCCAUUCAUGUUGUAACAUGUCAAUGUAACAACAAUAAAUACAACUUAUUUUAUUAAAACUAAA